AUGCCUCGAGGUCAGAAGAGUAAGCUCCAUGCUCGUGAGAAACGCCAUCAGGCCCAGACCCAAGAACAGCCAUUAGAUCUGGUGGGUGCUCAGGCCACUGCAAGAGCAGGUGGAGAGUUUCACUCCUCUUCCUCCUCUCGUUCCAAGAGUAAUCCUCGGAGUUCAGCUGCUGCUAGAACAACUAGCAAUCCUCAAGGGUCUUGGAGAGCUGCACCCACCACCACUACUUCUGCUGUUGUUUCAUACAGAAGAUCUAAUGGAAGUGGGAACAACCAAGUGGAGGAAAGGCCAAGCUCUUCUCAAGCCCAGCUUGACUGGGCACCUGGCCGUCUGGAUGAGAAGGUAGUUAUAUUGGUGUAUUACCUGCUGUACAAGUAUCAAAUGAAGGAGCCCAUUACAAAGGCAGAAAUGCUGAGAAACAUAAUCCAAAUGCACAAGAGCCACUUCCUUGAGAUCCUGAGGAAAGCUUCUGAGCACCUGGAACUGGUCUUUGGCCUAGACAUCAAGGAAAUGGAUUCCAAUAAGCAUAUAUAUAUCCUCAUCAAUAAACUGGAACUAAGCUAUGAUGCAAGGCUGGGUGACGAUGGAGGUGUGCCCAAGACUGGUCUUCUGAUGACUAUCCUGGGUGUGAUCUUCACAAAGGGAAACCGUGCCACUGAGGAGCAAGUCUGGCAAAUCUUAAAUGCAAUGGGCUUAUACAGUGGUAGAGAGCACUUUAUUUUUGGCGAGCCCAGGAAGCUUAUCACCAAAGAUUUAGUGAAAAAAAAGUACCUGGAAUAUCAGCAGGUGCCCAACAGUGAUCCUCCGCGCUAUGAAUUCCUGUGGGGCCCAAGAGCCUAUGCAGAAACCAGUAAGAUGAAAGUCCUAGAGUUUUUAGCCAAAGUCCAUGAUACCAUCCCAAGUGCCUACCAAACCUGGUAUGAGGAAGCAUUGAGAGAUGAGGAAGCAAGAGCCCAAGCCAGAGCUGCAGCAAGGGCUCACAUAAGUGCCAUAGUUAUUGCACGAUCCAGGGCCCUGUCCAGUUAUUCCUCCCGCCCCAAGUAA